AUGGCCUCCCUAGCAAAGCAAGUCCCCUCUUUCGAGCAACUUCCACUCAGAAAGGAAGACCCUCCGUAUUCAGCCUGGGGACUCUGGGAAAAACCAGAAUUCGGUGCUCUAAACUACUUGUCCGAUACCAAUACUCUUCGAGUAGCCAAGGAAGAGAUCCAAACCGGCGUGCGUAUCGGCUUGAAUUUACCGCUAGAUUUUAUCGACCCCCCUCUACUUGGCCGUAGAGGUUUUGAGCGUUAUAUUGUGAACAAGGCCCCGAGAGUUAUUAACGAUGAUGUGAUCACGUUCAACACUCAAGGGAGUAGCCAAUGGGAUAGUUUUCGACAUUUUGCGUAUCAAAAAGAGGGCAAGUUCUACAAUAAUGUAACCCAGAAUGAUAUUCACACAGAACAAAGAAGCACAAUCAAUGGUAUAGACGCGUGGGCUCUACAGGGGAUCGCUGGCCGUGGUGUACUCAUUGACUAUCACUCAUGGGCACAGCGCAAUGGGAUUGAAUACGAUCGAUUGAGUGGCCACGCAAUCACGCUAGACUCGGUAAAAGCAAUCAUUAAAGAGUCCAAUAUCGCCCUACGCGCCGGCGAUAUCUUCAUUCUUCGAACAGGCUUUGUGGAGGUAUAUUCGAAACUAGACACAGCGUCAAGAACAGAAUAUAGCUCGAGCCACGCCUUUCCCGGCCUAGGUCAGUCGAAGAAGGUAGCGAAAUGGCUAUGGGAGCAACAAUUCGCAGCAGUUGCUGGCGAUAACCCUGCCUUUGAAUGUAUCCCGCCUGCGGACCCGAAAUUCGGCAUGCUACAUCCAAUUCUGCUAUCAGGCUGGGGCACAACGAUCGGUGAGCUGUUCGACCUGGAUGCGCUGGCGAAGGAAUGCCAGAAGCAAGGACGGUGGACUUUCUUCUUGACCUCGUCGCCAUUGAACUACACAGGCGUAGUGGCCUCGCCUCCAAAUAUCAUGGCCAUCAUGUAG